AAAGGAGCCUCCUGCUUCCCUCCCCUUUAAUCUUGGUAUAUUGUUAGCAUUAAUCCCGGUAGACCUGUAGGAGCUGAACAGGCAAGUCAGAGAAUAGAAGUUCCUUCAUUCUGGUCUGGGAAAUUUCAGCUUUAACUCUGGAGAAGAUGGGUUGCAAACAAGAGGAUGAUGGCACUUCCUGGAAGAAACCGACUGCCAACAUCAGAAAAACAUUUAUUUUCAUGGAAGCACUUGGAUCAGGAGCCUUUUCGGAAGUUUUCCUGGUGAAGCACAGAACCACUGGCAAGCUUUUUGCUUUGAAGUGCAUUAAAAAGUCACCAGUCACCCAGGAUAGCAACCUGGAGAAUGAAAUAGCUGUGCUGAAGAAAAUAAAGCAUAACAACAUAGUAACACUUGAGGACAUUUAUGAAAGCACAACUCACUAUUAUCUGGUAAUGCAGCUAGUGUCUGGAGGAGAAUUAUUUGACCGUAUUUUAGAACGAGGUGUUUACACUGAAAAGGAUGCUAGUAUUGUAAUUCAGCAAGUCCUGGGAGCAGUGCAUUAUCUUCAUGAAAAUGGGAUAGUCCAUCGAGAUCUAAAGCCUGAAAAUUUGCUCUAUCUAACUCCAGAAGAGGACUCCAAAAUUAUGAUAACAGAUUUUGGUUUGUCUAAAAUGGAACAGAAUGGCAUCAUGUCUACAGCAUGUGGAACUCCAGGAUAUGUUGCUCCAGAAGUAUUAGAACAAAAGCCAUACACUAAAGCUGUGGAUUGCUGGUCAAUUGGAGUUAUUACCUACAUCCUCCUAUGUGGAUACCCUCCUUUCUAUGAAGAAACAGAGUCCAAAUUGUUUGAGAAAAUCAAAGAAGGAUUCUUCGAAUUUGACUCUCCAUUUUGGGAUGAUAUCUCUGAAUCAGCCAAAGAUUUCAUUUCUCAUUUACUCGAGAAGGAUCCAAAUAAGAGAUUUACCUGUGAGAAAGCCUUCAGGCAUCCCUGGAUUGAUGGAAACACAGCCCUCCACUGUGACAUAUAUCCAUCUGUCAGUGUACAGAUCCAAAAAAAUUUUGCAAAAAGCAAGUGGAAGCAAGCCUUCAAUGCUGCAGCUGUGGUCCAUCAUAUGAAGAAACUACACAUGAAUGGUCAUCAUGCAGAGGACAAUGUCAAAAGCCAAGUACAAGUACAAAUUACAUCAAGGCCUAAGACAUCAUCUGUUAUUUACAAGGAACAAUCAAGUCAAGACACCAAGAAUUUGAUCCCUGUAUUAUCCUAUCAGAAUACUUCAGAUCUUGCUGGCUUGCGUGCCAAGAAGACAGAAAGCAAAUAUUUAGAUAAUCUGGGGACCACAUCAGUUCAUAUGACUUCUGUAACUGCAAUAGACAGCCAGAGCCAUCCAAGCAGACCUUCAGUUAGCAGUACUCCAGAAUGUGUGACAUGUGAGAAAGUGAAGACAACUUUUUGCUCAGAAGCAGUACUCAUAAAAAGAGAUGCCAAGACACAUCACUUCAACUCAGAAGUCCUGGUUCCAGUCAAAGCCACUAAUCACACCUAUUUUGGUAGUGGGCAAACUGGUGUUUGCUUGGUAAUGUGAUUGAAAAAACUGCCAUAAGGAUAAAACAUAUACCUUUACAGGUAAGUGUAUACAUAAAAUUCACAUUCACAUUCACUUUUCUAGCAAAAAAUAGCAAAGCAUUUAAAUGCUGCUACCAUUUCAUGAUCUCCCAGUUAUGCUGAGUGCAGAGCAAGGAAAUGUCUUUACUCUCAUGUCAGCAGGUUUGUUCAUGAAAAAGGUGCACCCCAGCAUUCAAUAGGGAGAUGUCAUGACUACUUUGCCCAAGCUGGCAGAAUAGGGAGGCAGGAAAAACCAAACUUUAAUGAUCAGCUUGCUUUACAGAUACCCUGAGACCAUAUACUUUUGCAGAAAGGUACACUGUACCAAAAGAUGUACGUCUCACUACCUCAAACUAUAUUCAUAGUUUCAUUUAAAUGAGAGAUCAAUAUAUAUAACCCUAACCCUAUUCUCAUAUAUAUUUCCCAAUGAGUCUCUAAUUGCUCCAAAACCAUAAUACCUUUUUCUUUAUCAUUAAUACACCUCUUCUAAAAUGGAGGGUGUAUUUUUUUCCCCAAGCUGUGAAGAUGCUCUCUCUCUCUCUCCAAUGAUACACAUUUCUAUAUACUAAGGAACAUCUUAGUAAUCUUCAUAAUAAAAAAAAACAAUCAACCAAAGGCCAUGUCAGACUCAAAAACCAAGAAUGACACAUGGUGAUUCUUCCAAGCUGAGUUCUUUAUUGUUUCCACACCUAUAGAUAGAAUUUUACCAGAUUAAACACUCUACUGCAGGGGUCCCUUUAUGGUCACUUUAUGGCUUGUGGACUUCAACUUCCAGAAGGCUGAGGAAUUCUGGGAGUUGAAGUCCACAAGUCAUAAAGUGGCCAAGAGUGGGGACCCCUGCUCUACUGUCUUCACCCUCUUUCUCUCACACAAAAUAUCUGAAAUAUUUAUUUCACUGGAAUUCACCCCUUCCCUCCUUGAAAUCCAGCUUGCUACAUUCCAUCACAGGCCAUAAGAUUAUCUAGGAUGUGCUUUCUUCCAGAUGGCUACUAUGAACUGACAAAUUGUUAUUUUCCCAUUAUUUAAUCAUAUUUUAUAUUAUAUAUUGUUUUUGCCACUUAUAAUCUCAAUAUUAAGAAUGUUUAUAUAUAGAUGUUACUAUUUUACUAUCAUAUUGUAUUAGCAACACUAGCUUUUAGAUAUCUUUUAUAGAUUUCACCAAAAUAAUGGUAAUUUUUAUUGAUGUUAUUGUUUGCUCUUCUAUAACCCAAUGAAAUAUAAGUUAAAAAAAGAAAUGGAUUUUUAUGAGAUUUUGUAAUUAUCAUUUUAAUAACAGCAUAAAUAAGUAUAGCAACUCUGCUAAUCAGUUUAGUUUAAUAAGCAAAUGAAAACAGAUGCUUGAACCUUCAGUUGGAAAUUAUUAUACUUUGCACAACACUAUAUAGUUUUUGCCAACUUAGUUCAGUAUCUGUUAGGUAAGAAUGACAAAUCUCUACAAAUCUUUUUUUCAAAAGAAACCAAGAUUUCCUGGAAAACGUUUUUCCAAUAAAAUGCACAUCAAAUGAAUUCUACUUUUCACUCUCUUUUCAGAAGGGCUGCUUGAUACUCCUAUUGAAAACUUACAAGUCAAAUAUCAACCGUGCAGAAAGGGAAGGCCUGUCUUGAACGAUGCCAUGGAGAACUGUGUUCCUAGAUGCCCACAUCUGAUAUUUUCUUUAAAGCACAUCCAUAGAACUGAGAGUUCAUAUGAUUGAAUUAUAUGAAUUAAGAGGAUUGUUUCAUAUAAACUGGAAAACAAUUUUUAAAGAAAGGUUCUGUAAUCAGUGGAUAAACAUGAUCAAACUGUUGGGAUACAUGUUUGUACAUCUGUGCUUGUUCAGUAGAAUAAAGAGCAAUUGCAAGGUGUGCAGUGUUAUUUUUGCAUUGAGUCCCUUAGAGCACUUGGCCGAAGCAGAAAAUAUCCCAUGCUGGCUUACUUGUGGCCCUUUAAUUCAUGAUACAGAAGCAAUUUGCUAAGAAUGCUUGUUGACAUUGCCAUUUGUUCCAGCACAGUUUGCAUGAAUUGAUUCUACAGGAAGGAAGGGAGCACCAUCUCUACUUCAUUCAUUAAUUUCUACUUGUCAGUUCUGGAAUAGUACACGUAAUAUACAUUGUUCAAUAAAGUUUGUUGGUUCUUAAAUGCCUGAUAGUUAUUUAUUGAUAGACUAAUACAGGUCACCAAUCUCUUAGUGUCAGAU